AACAUUUUGUUAGAUAAUAAACCAGUCAAAACAACACAAUGAAUAUCCUCACGAGAAACAUUGCUCAACAGUUUUUGAGAUUUAACUCGGCCGGCCUGGCUCAAGCCACCGCCAGGAGUUUCUGUGCUGCUGCACUAGAUAACAAGGAAAUCGAAAAACUUGUGGGUAACAACAAAGUCGUCAUAUUCAUGAAAGGAAAUCCGGAUGCUCCACGGUGCGGCUUCAGCAAUGCGGUAGUACAGAUAUUGCGUAUGCAUUCGGUAAAAUACGACAGUCACGACGUGCUUGAGAACGAAGCUCUGCGGCAAGGUAUUAAGGAUUUCUCGAACUGGCCGACCAUUCCACAAGUAUUCAUCAAUGGAGAGUUUGUGGGAGGUUGCGACAUUCUGUUACAGAUGCAUCAGAAUGGAGAACUUAUCGAAGAACUGAAAAAGGCCGGAAUCGAAAGCGCUUUAGUGAAGGACACGGAAAAGUAACAACUGAGCGGACACGCUCUUUAGACUUACUAAAAGAUCAGGAACAUUUUAAAAUUUGCAAUAAAUCAAACCAUUGCUGGCACCAAAGGCAUUUGUACAGCUUGGAUUAUCUGUAGCUUUGCUUGGUUGCUUAUAAAAUAAAUAUUUACGUCGUA